AUGCUCCACGAGGAGCUAUUGAUGGACAAUGCCUCCCUUAGGGACUUCCGAGGGAGUAAAGGUAUUUAUGUGGCCGACGUGUUAGAGAGGUCCCUGGUGCUCCCCACUGAUAUGGCUGAGUUGGGGAAUCUGAGGAGGCAGGAGGCCGUCCAGGCCACUUAUAGGUUGGAAGAGGACGCUAAGGAGCAGAGCAAGUCCCUGGAGCUCGAGCGUGACAAGCGCUUGGAUACUACGUGGACCCUCAAAAACUCUGAGGCUGAUCUCUCGAAGCUAAAAAUUGGUAAGGAGCAAAUCGUUGAUCUAAAGAAGAAGUUGGCUGAGGCGGAGGGAGCCAAGAAUGUUGCAGAGUGGGCCAGGGAUGAAGCCUUAAGGGCUAAGGCAGAGGCGGAGUUCGCCAGGACGGAGGCCGAGAGCUCCAAGGAGAAAGCCAAGGAGGAGGCUUAUGACUUGGGAGUGGCUGAGACCCAGGCCACUCUCAAGGCUCAAGUGCUUGGAGUAUGCAGGCUCUACUAUUCCCAGGUUUGGAAUGAAGUCCUUAAACAAGCUGGGGUUGAGGCUUCAUCCGAUUUGUGGAAGGUGGCGAAUGUAUACUAUCCUCUGGCCAUCCACGAAACCGCCGCUGCCAGCUCCGAGGCUGAGGUUGCUCUUGAAGAGGCUGAGGCUGCUCGGUCUGAAGCUGCUCUGGCUAUAACCACUCAUAAUGAGCCAGUUGAGGAGGGUGAGCUUCCUGGGGCGACUGAGACACAUGAAAAUCUGGACCCUGAAGCGCCCCAGAAGACUGCAGAGUCUACGGCUGAUGCCCAGGCCCUUCAUGCCGAGGAGCCUGCUCUCUCGGACUGUUCCCCCGAGCGAGGGCUCCAAGGGUCUUGA